AUGGAAGUAAUCGACGUUGAUUCACCGCCACCUCCCCUCUGUCAAAAUGAAAAACCCCAAGAAUUGUUUAGCGUUGACUGGCGCUCAGCUUCAGACAUGUUCUGGCAGCUUGAGAACAGAAAAAGCUCUCUCUUGGAGUAUUUAUCAGAAUACGGGCCCCGUGACUUUCCGACUUUAAAGAAAAGAUUAAAAAAGUUGAAACGAACGUUAACCAAGUUAGAAAGCGCUGAGCCGUCACACCAUGAUCAUCCUAAUGGCUCUGAGAAAGCAAAGCUUGGCAAAUUUCGCGCGCUUUUCGAUGAAGUUGCUGGUCAUGUAAACGUGGCAACCGUACGUUUGAACCAACCGGGUCUUCGGAAGUUUUUCGUAGAAGGAAUCGGAAAGGAUGUGUUGCCAUCGUUGGAGCGACGACACUCGUGUUCUGUCGAGCCUGUUUGUGAGAGUCCAUCGCCGGUCGCACUAAUGGAGGGACUGGAAUCCAGAUUUUCAUCCGAUUUAUUAGAAGAAAGUUUGUUUACCCCGUCAGAGGUAUGUACUCGUACUGUGUUCAGAACAUUUUACAUAAGUUUCAUGUGCGUCAUCGCGCACAGUUAUGGAGCAGGUUUCCAGAUUUUUUUCCAGUUCGUUGUAUUUAUAUUCUUAUCCUUUAAGAUCAAACGAACUUGGGACACGGUGGAUUACCCAUCCACACAAUUGUUACAUAGGACGCUGCUCCUAAUGAAAAUUUUUGGAUCGGUUUUGGGUUCAACCCUUGAUUCCCCAACUCCCCGCCCCGACAAUGUUGUGAUCCCAAACGUACUCAUUUCCUGCCAUUUUGCUCCUUAUUCAACAUUGUUUGGGUUGAGGGGGAAAAGUCCCCAGUUCCACUAAUAUCACUAGGAGGUCCCAACACUUUUCAGUGACCUCUAAUGUAAGUGAAGCGUUAACCUGCAACCAGGGGUUAUUUUUCUUUUCCUCUCUAAUCCCCCCCUUCCCCCCCCCCCCGCCCCCCCGCUCCUCUCCAAAAAAAAGUGAAGAAGGAGCGUCUGAUACCAGGUUACCGUAGCAGCUUCACGAUCAGCGAUUUUGGUAAGUUUUUAUAGAGGGCCUGAGGGGAAUACGCGAAGGGAAAAGAAGUCCACCCAGGAAAGACAAGUUUAAAACUGAAUAAGUGAAACUGGAUGGACUAUUAACCUGCUUCAAAUAUUGUUUUCUUAUAGAACAAAGAAGAGACCCCAUGGAAUGGGCUUUUAUCUUUGGCAGAUAUCGAGGAAGUUUUGAAACAGGUUAGUUUACAUGUAAGAAGGAUGGGGUAUUUCUUCUCUAAUUCACAAAAGCUAAAUGACGAUCCGACCCCUCUGUUUGGCUGGUGAUAAACGUGCAAAAUUGUUUCAUUUAUCGGACUAGUUCUACAUACAAUAGCAAAGGUUACGCUCUAUGUAUUUUUUUUUCAAAUUCGACUUUAACAGUUUAUUGGCGUAUUUCUUCGAUGAGGGCGAUGAAAUAACUCGAUGAUUAUGAUUAGCCUGACUUGUACGCAGUCGCUUCUGUACUUGUCUGCUCUGUGAUUGAUGGGAAGGUUUUAGCAAGUUCGCGUUGCAUCAGGGGAAGGACCUACGUCUCCUUCCUUUUCCAGCGCCUUUGCGUGUAUUAGUACCUUCUCCGAUUUUUUUGCGGAUAGAUAAGAAGAGAGAAAUACCUGGGGUGAUUCUAAGAGGGGUUUUCUCCUUUGAGACGAUACGAAGCAACUUUCUUUCUGAAUAACCGUUAUCAUUAUUCUGAAAGUGAGGGUUUUUGUUCACAAGUAAAUGCAUGGUUGAGCAGCUCACUUUGUUUUAAGCGAGAGGGUUAGAUCAGCAACUCGAAAAUGAGUCAUUAAGCUUGUUCUGUGAUAUGAUAAUGAUCCAUGUGUUAUGUAUAUACUACCAAAUCUGCAAGAGAAGAAUUCACACUAUAGUAGACAUCUUUUGGUGCCGACAAGAAAAACUGUCUGGUAUGGUAUAAGCAACAACGGCACAGAACUGGAACAAGCCGACCGAUCGAAAAUCGAGCCAAAGCGGCUGGCCGAGAUAGUUCGGUGAACUUACUUCCGUAUUAGUGUAUUCCAGUCCUUGCCCCUUCUUAUUCACUUCCGCUACGUUCCGGACACCUGUUCAUGCUUCACUUAAGUGUGGUUCAGAACCUAUCCGAUAUGUUAUGAUCCACUUUCAAGAUCUGCGCGGCGCAGUUUCCCUUCGAUAUAGAAAUCACGCCAAAAUCAGCGUUCCUAUGUGUGAAGGGAAUCCCUAUCAGGGUUGAAUAGCUAUCUGUUAUUGGCGAAUAUUAAUCCUUGUUUACAUUUUUUGCCUCAUAAGCAUAUAGGGUUAUCAUUAUCUGAUGAAGCCAAUAAAAUGAAAUUUCUGAUCUAGCCGCCGUUGUUUUGGUUUUCAAAGCCGGCGCUUUUCUUUACUGGUGGACUAUAACAUAUAGCAUAUAGCAGCUCAACGAAUCAGAACGCUGCGUUGAUAAUAGACCACUAGGUGAAUUUUACUAAUUGUUGAUAACUUGUAUUUCUUUGAAUUGAAAAGGAUAAAUCUUCCGAGGUUGAGUUGGAGGAAAGGAUUCCGUCUCUGGUGGCUCCCUCAUCGGAGGAGUGUAUAUGGAUAAAAAACACGCAUAUCCGGAUAACAGUGGGUGAUUUAAUACAACAAACCACAGACGCUGUGCUGAUUUUGAAUAACGAGAAACUGUGUUUAAACAGCGGCGGUGUAUUGAAUGCUCAGAUUGCUCGCUUUGCGGGUCCUGGCCUUAAAGAAGAAUGCAAACGAAUCAUAGAGAGAAGUGGCCCUCAACUUCCGGGCGAGGCGCUCAUAACAGGAUCUGGAAACCUCCCUUACAAACACCUUGUUCACGUGAUCAACUAUCCAGGCUCGCCUCAGAUCCUCGACCUGCAGCUGAGUGUCAAGCGUGGCCUUAAGCUCGCCGACGCCCAUGGACUCAGUUCCAUUGCGUUGCCGGCUAUCGGCGCGGGGAGUAUGGGGCUUUCUUUUCAAGAGUCGGCACGGGUACUGUCCGGGGGUAUCCUGAGCUUUUUAGAGCGCCCUCCCCAGUUUCUUCGUGAGAUCAAAAUCAGUCUCUUUUUGGAGAGCAUGUUGUGGACCUAUUCCCAAGAAAUAAAGACACAAUUUGUUCCUUUUAUAAAUCUGGAAGAGUAUUCUCCUCUGUCUUCGUUUGCUCAGGGCCAAGACCCCAUUCCAACGGUACUUCAAUACUCAAAUCCGCCUCCUUCGCUUGAAAACUCACUUGAUAACAGGAACCCCAAGGCGCCUGUUUCCACGACGGAAUUUCGUGUUUAUGGCAAAGACAAAAAGAAUAUCAUGGCAACCAUUAAUAGUUUGCGAACGGUUUAUGCCAAACACCGUGCUGCCCAAAGGGUAAGCCACAAGUUGGUGCCACAGGUUAUCCAAUAUUGUUGGCCAUUGCUCAGUACUCUUGCUUCGCAAUAUGACGCAGACUUAAUAACUGAGGAUAACAAUAGUUCUACUAUCACUGUAUGCGGCAACUCGGAGGACGUGUCUUUUGUUGUAGGCCGCAUUUGGGAGGAAAUAACGCGGCUCGCGGAGCAGCAAAAUGACAUUGAAAAGCGCAAGCUCUUGGCUCAUUACGUUCGCUGGCAUUAUAUAAUUCUAGACAAAGAGAUUGGUUUUAACGACGAGCUCAGCGCUAUCAUCGAAGAUGCCAGAAAUCGAAAAUGCGGGGGAGUAAAUCUUCUCGUCAGCGAUUGCGAGUACAGAGUAGAUUUUAAUUCUAUGACCGUGUUGUACAGCCAGAGCAAUUAUCCACCGCUUCCUUUGUGUCGAAGAACAAGUGCGGAAGCUGGUAGGUCAGAUAAAUAGAUAGAUAGAUAGAUAGAAAACUUUAUUAAUGUGUAGGGGCCGUACAGCUUGGGAAAAACCCCAUACUAAUCUGGGGACACAAUUUAUAAUUGGAAUUACGUAUACAAAAUAGAUUACCAACUUUAAAUUUGCUCUUAGUCAUUCGUCACUUUAGAAACAGAAAGAGAAAUGACCCGAGUUAACUUCCCAAAGGACUUCUGGGAAUGUUUCAGGGGACCAAUAGCUGACCAGCGCCUCUCCAGUAACGAUCCCAUAACAAAUUGCGAGAUAGAUUUCGGCUCCAGUUCCCUUUUCGUUUCUAAGGUGGCGAAUAUGAUCACCACCAUCCGAGCAAAAGAAUGGGCCGAGUUAACUUUCGCAAAGACCUCUGGGACUGUUACUCGAGAGUGAGAAAAAAACUAGCCAAUAGCUGACCGCGCUCACCUUUCACAUUCAUGCGCGAAAUUUCAAGGCUGCCUCUAUUUUAUUUACGCUCAUACGCAAGUAAAAUUACGCCACAGUGGACGUUUUAAUACAACUAUAGCGUUUCUUUCGUUUUCUCCUUUCCUAGCGGAUUCUAUCCCUCAUUUCUGGGCACCUCAACCGCGUUUAAUCGACGGAGCUCCAGCUCGUGUUGCCAUGGUAAAUAUCUUACCAGGGAAUCCAGAGUACCAACACGUGGCCAGUAUGUUUUAUAGUACAGGAGGGAAUGGCAACAUAGUUACUAUAGAGCGAGUGCAGAAUCUGCCCCUUUACAAGCAGUACACGAUGCACAGACAAGAGGUGGAGAAUACAAAUUGCAGGUCGGGACUUAAAAACCACAAUGAACGGCAAUUGUUUCAUGGUACCAAAGGAUGCAAUGUAAGGGCCANCCUCUCCAGUAACGAUCCCAUAACAAAUUGCGAGAUAGAUUUCGGCUCCAGUUCCCUUUUCGUUUCUAAGGUGGCGAAUAUGAUCACCACCAUCCGAGCAAAAGAAUGGGCCGAGUUAACUUUCGCAAAGACCUCUGGGACUGUUACUCGAGAGUGAGAAAAAAACUAGCCAAUAGCUGACCGCGCUCACCUUUCACAUUCAUGCGCGAAAUUUCAAGGCUGCCUCUAUUUUAUUUACGCUCAUACGCAAGUAAAAUUACGCCACAGUGGACGUUUUAAUACAACUAUAGCGUUUCUUUCGUUUUCUCCUUUCCUAGCGGAUUCUAUCCCUCAUUUCUGGGCACCUCAACCGCGUUUAAUCGACGGAGCUCCAGCUCGUGUUGCCAUGGUAAAUAUCUUACCAGGGAAUCCAGAGUACCAACACGUGGCCAGUAUGUUUUAUAGUACAGGAGGGAAUGGCAACAUAGUUACUAUAGAGCGAGUGCAGAAUCUGCCCCUUUACAAGCAGUACACGAUGCACAGACAAGAGGUGGAGAAUACAAAUUGCAGGUCGGGACUUAAAAACCACAAUGAACGGCAAUUGUUUCAUGGUACCAAAGGAUGCAAUGUAAGGGCCAUCAACUUACAAGGAUUCAAUAGAAGCUUUUGCGGAAGGAAUGGUUAGUCGACUAUGUAGUUUUGUCCCUGUUUUGUUUUAAACCUUUCUCUCUUUCCUUAAAAUGGCAAAUUAAAAGUCAAAAUUCCACAAAACUUCCAAAUUUUAUUUUGUAAUGCUUACAAAAAAUUACCAUGAGAAAGGGCUGUGAAAGAUUUGCUUCAAUCAAUCAGAAGCACUGCCUACAUCUAGGGUGUGUACUCGUUUCUCAGACGUCAUUUCGCGGUGAAACCGAUGAUGGCGUCGGGAAAUGUAGGCUGUUUUCUCUGUACCUCCCCCCCCCUCCCCGCCCCUUCUGAAUUUUCUGGAUCCCCCCCUGAGAAAGUUACUGGUCACUAAGUUUUCGGGCAAGACUGGGUAGGCGCGGUUGUUCGGGGCUGUUGGGGGACGUUCUCACCUCCUUGCGCAUAAUUCUCAUAGUGCAAUUCGCCGGAGACAAACUCCGACCAGUCUCAAUGGCUAAUGUUUGGUACUGAGGAGGUCUGGAACGAGAGAGAACCAAGGGGAAAAUGCAGUGAACUCUCUCGUAAGCGAGAAAAGUUUAAAAUAUCUGAGAAGUGGUCGCUUGCAAGAGAGUUUGUGAAACAGUAUUUGACUGAGAAACAAAACGGUUAUUUAUAAAGUGGUCGCUGUGAGAGAGUUGACUGCAUCUGAAAAUAAAGAGGGGAAAAUAAGAAUUGGGACAGCUGCCCUUUUUAGUUUUCUUUUUGUCUUUCCCGCGGCUUUGAAAAUUAUUGCUUUCUUGGUCCUUUGUCCCAAUUUAGCGUCUUGUAACACAGAUUUCCCUGCGACUUGUUUCACGCUGCAAACAUCGGAAAUGACAACAGGAAAAAUUACUCCAUCUUAAUUACAAACCAAUUUUCUGUUGUUUCAGGAGUGGCUUAUGGAAACGGCGUGUACUUCGCUGCAAACGCCGCGUAUUCGAUGGGUUACACAGCGCCUGACAGUAACAAGCUGAGGCACAUGUAUUUGGCCCGUGUUGUUGUGGGGUUCUACGUGGAGGGCCGUAAGGGCCUUCUAGUACCUCCUCCGCUGCGCCCCGAGGUCCCCGAGGUCCUGUUUGAUUCAGUUGUGGACUGUAUGAGUAAUCCAAGAAUAUUCGUUGUAUUCAAGGAUUCUCAAUGCUAUCCCGAAUAUUUGAUUACAUUUCAAACUUAG